GAUCAAAGUUUCUUUGCCCUCCACCCCUCUUCAUGAUUCUCGAGCCUCUUGUCUGCUCCACUCCUCUUCUUCUUCUUUUUUUUUUUAAAUAAAGUAUUCGCAUAUACAUGUACACGUGACACGUCGCGUUCGCCGAGAUCCGUCGAUGCCUGACGAAGUGCACAAGCAGUUAUCAGUCGCCUUACGAGCGGUUGCUAUGCGAUAUGGUAGGGGUUCGCGGAGUCACCUACUAGCUCGACCAGUCAGAAGUCAGUGUGUGUAAGAGCCGGCCGGUUGUGCCGGCUCCUUUUCCUGUCCCUGUUUUCGCGCAUACGUUCUUCUCGCGGCGCGCCUUCGCAACUUUGUCGCGCCGAAAAGAGAGUCCCUUCGUCUCGUCGGCGCGAGUGCCGAUCCACGACCCGCCACGAGCGAGAGGGAAACAGGGAACGGGCAUCCUCUCGAUAACCACUCGCGUUCCGUUCUCCAAAUCGACGCCCGAGUCCCGUUAAGUUUUGAAGGACCCGCGCCGGAAAGGCUCGUGGCACUUUUGCGACGACACCGUGGUUUUCGAGAGCAAGGUCGUCGUCAUCGGCAAGGUGGCUCUCGGCACCAGUGGGGGAUGCGAGUUGGAGAUUUUUCGAGUUGACGGUAGCGACAAGUGUUCCAUUUAAAUUCCGUCUUGCUACCGGGUCGAUACCGGUAUCGGUCGCUGGCGCGGAAUAUUCGAAGGCAAACAAACACACGGAGCGGGCGAUUUUAAGAGAACUUUCUCUCUCUCGAGAGAGAGAGAGACGGAAUCACGGGAGAGGGGGGGAAAAAUGUGCGAAAAUAAUAUAGCUUGCUGAAUUGUAUUGUGUUGUGCGCCGACUUUGUUCGUGUCAAGUCAGCAUCAUAUGGCGAAACGUCACGAGCGUUAUGACGCUUGUAUUCGUGUCGCAAAAUUGCGUGCGCAGACGCAGGAGUGGAUGUCAUUUUUAAGAAUAAAUCCCCGUCGUUCGAUCGCGGCGCUGAUAGGUAAAUAAAUGUUGUACGAAUGUUCGGUGAACCGCAAAACCCCUGGGUGGCCUGCACGAAACUCCGUGAUCAUCGACGGUACGAUUGGUACUUAGUACAUGACCGGCCCGUAAGUUCCACUGCGGUACGCGCAGGUUUUUGGAUGAAAAGUAAUCGAUUGGUACACGAUAUUCGACCCGGUUUUGCGGAGAACCGUCAUCAUGACGCAGAGAGGAAUCCAGGAUGAAUCGAAGACGUCUGCGGAACAAGCUAAGUCGAUGAACGGCAACUCGGCCAGCGUGCCGGCAGGCCGAGGCAGCGAUUCGACCUCGCCUUUGCCCUUGCCGUUGGAGGGCAGGCACGCCGAGGAAACGGCCGGCUCCGCUGCCCUCAAGAUGGGCAGCACAGACUCGGCAGGCAACGCCCGCGGGCCUUCCUGCGGUUUGGUCAGCUCUCUCCUUCCCAACAGCUGUCGGGGUAGCGCGGAGGCGUUCGCCCGGUGUCUUCAUCGACGACUAACGUCACUGGGCAACGAGAACGGCUCGCCCGAGCGGACCGCGGAUGCAGCCAAGCCGUGCGAAACCUCUUGGCUGCAUCCGUCGUCGAGCAAUCGGCAUGUAAUCACCAAUAAUUUGACCGUCAACAAUCAGCAUCCGAUUCUUCAGCAUCAGCCGCGCCACAGUCCGGAAUCGGAUCUCUUCUACGACAUCGAGGUGGAAGAGGCGGAAGUGGACGGGCCGGGUUCGCCUCCCGAGGAAGCGACUGCCGCUGAAUUGGCGCAUCUGCUGGUGAACCCGGAGAUCCUCAAGGCGAGUCAUCACGACGCUUGUCACUGCUCGCCUAGCGGAACCAAGUUGACGUCUGGCAUCACGGGUAUCCAUCAAGACGCCGAGUCCUGCGCGUUCGCAUCACCGAUAACCGGCACGCCACCGGACAGCGACUCCUCGGAAAUGUUCUUCGACCCGGAGUCCUCGGACGCGGACAAAUCGAAAGCCGAGGUAUACUUCGAUCCUGUCAGUACUUCGGACAGCGAGGCCACGAAUCUCUCCAACGCUCCCGUUCCCGUGAGGACCAAGCUCGCGUUGAACGGCGGCCGUAAGCGGACGGACGCGGAACGAUGCGAGGACACAACGUCCGAGUCGAGUUGCUCCUUAAGAACAAAUCCUGCGUCUUGCGAGAAUGGUUGUGGUCAGGAGGGAUUGGUUUGCAGCUCGGAAGACUCCCUGAACGGCAGGAGCUCUCAGGAGACGACGUCGCCCAGCCACGAGUCUCUGUGGAGCACGUUCGACGACAGUACCGUGUCGUUGCAGGACGAGAGCCCAUCCAGAACCAUUCAGGACUCUGUUGUUCCACACAUCUGUUUGCCCAAGUCGCAUUCUGACUCCGAGCUACCUAGCAACGGUAUCGGCACAGUAGUAUUUAACAAACUCGACAGGCGGGACGAGGAGGAAGAGGCGGAAGUGGAUGGACGUGAGGUCGAUCAAGUUGAUUUCGUCAAUGGUAUAUCGGAGAAUGUGAUAUGCGACGUCAUGAAUGGUGGCCUCUCCGCGACGCGAGAUGUCGGAAACGGAAGUGACGUAGCGAAGGAUGAUUCUUUCAACGGUGCUGCUGAAGACUCGGCCGAUACGAUCGAGGAUAAGAAAGCAUGUAUAGAAUUGGAAUUAAACGCGACGUCGCCGAAGAGUACGUCGCAGUUAAAAGCGGAGGAAGUUGCCAGUGACACUGACACCGAUCAUUCAUCUUACAGUAGUACCGUCGAUAUCCCGGAUGCGUUUACAUUGGAAUAUUCGAACAAUGCCACGGUGGCCGAGACGACCCCGAGGAGCGAGCUGAAGCUACAGAUCGAGAAGAACACCGCGUUCAACGACAACGACGAGAAAUUGUGCCUAUUACUCAAGAAACUUGGCGGUAGUUGUACCGCGCAGGAGGAGGACUCUUCUCCGGAGCAGGAGACCCCGAGCGAGACGGUGGAAGAGGAGGAAGACAGGCCGCAGAGGGUUCGAAGAUGUUCCUCGUUGAAGACGGGAAAAACGCCACCGGGUACGCCGCACAGGAAGAAGAUUGUCAGAUUCGCAGACAAGCUUGGUCUCGAUUUGGCCGACGUGAGAACGUUCUUGGACGAGAUACCAAAAAUACCCAACUCCGCGUACAGCGACCUGAUCUACGAUGACAUCUUCCGACCGCAGGAUAGCAACGCGGACAGUGUAGCGUCCGUCGGCGACGACUGGUCCGAUCGUUAUCAGAAUGAUGGCAGGCGCAGAUCUACGCCAGCGAUACCCAGAAAGAUCGAUCGAAUGCUCGUGCCGCUGUUCCAGCAGCCGGGCGGCAUGUCGAACUUUUUGGAUAUAGUGCGCGAGCGUCGGGUUUGCUUGGAAAAUGUGGUGGUACAGGACCCGGUGACCCUGGCGAUCCAGGGCAUGGUGCGUGUAAUCAAUAUCGAUUUCCAUAAGUCUGUACACGUGAGGUAUACUCUCAACUCCUGGCGGAACUUCAGCGACUUGCAGGCGAUCUAUGUACCUAACUCGUGCGACGGCUUCAGCGAUAAAUUCUCCUUUAUCUUGUAUUGCCAUACGUUAUUGGUCGGCCAAAGGCUCGAGUUUGCAGUCCGAUUCCAAUGCAAGGGCGCGCAGCAUUGGGAUAACAACGCCGGUGCCAAUUACUGCUUCCAGUGUCUGCCGGCCUCGUCAUCAACCGGAUACGUACCGAUCACCGCCGACGAGUGUCGGCGCGGUAACUGGUCGUCUAUGUUCUACUGAUGGACGUCCAGAGCAUGCGUUUGUCUGAUUUGAUGAUGUGACAACGGCGUAGUUCCGGGUACACAAACUGAUUGAAGAGGUUGUUGAAGAGGCUAACGGUGCGAGCUCGACGGUUUUUACACGUUCCUAAAUAAGUGCUUUGUAACGAAGUGUGCGAAACAGAACAUUUGGAAUCAAUUACUGUUGUUUGUUGCUUCAGGGAGCUCUCGGGGAGUUUUCGGAUAUACAAUGUAGCGUAUAUUAAUCUUCGUAAUCAGGCGUCAAACAUUUUUGAGAUAAUACCGUUUAGAAAGGAAAGAGUAAUGGUGUAAUAGCAAUUUUCUCGAACGGCCAGCCAUAGAAAUAGUAACGAGUGAAAACCAUUUAACUGUGGAUUAUGGGAACAACGAUAAAUGAAUUGUCUCUGAAAUGAACAGGUGGAGUUGCUCAAUUAGCAAACGAUUAUAAUGUUUUUCUUGAGUUCAUUAAUUGAUUCAGUAUCUUGGAAACAGAAAAAAGUCAUAUACACGCUUGGCAAUAAAAUAUGAAAAAUAUCGCAUGUAGACACACACGGGACAUUUAAGCCUGUUUUUCGGCCCACAAAAUAAUAUUGACUGAUUUUCAAGAAACACUAAUGAUUAUACUAAUGUAUAUUAAGAUUAGACUGAUCCGUUAAAUAGACAAAUAUUUUCUUACUUUCUGAAAUCUCUUUUCGCGAAAGUAUUUUUCGAGAGAUUGCGGAAAGUAUUUCCGCCCGCUACAUAGUUUGUCUUAAACUGUAUUUAUUAAGCCGAUGGAGAUUAUAAUUUUAAAAACUGAAACCCUUUCAACGAAGCAGAAAACGAAUACUCUGAGAGUUCAAAGGUGGGAAAUGGAAAUUGAAUACGAGAUUGAUAGGAAACGCUAAGAACAAAUAAACGGUUUAAACGUUCCUAUGGAGUAUCUUUGCAGAGUUUAUGUCGGGGUUAAAGAUGAUAGAUCAUUUAUUCGAUCACGCAUGAAAGAAUUAUCGCACGUGGCCGCGAUUUUGUUAGCAUUAUCCAGUACAACGACGAUAGAUGAUAAUAAAACGAACGCUGAUAUAAUGAUAUUAGUUCUUGUUAGCGACAUCAUACGAGUUUAGAGAUCAUCGCGGAGGAUAGGGGUUCCCUGAGAUCUUACAUACAGGAACAUUUAUAUUUCUUCUGCGGAAUAAUGUGUUCGAUAUUGACUGGAACGUUUGAAUAAAAAAAAAACGUGCGAUUUAAAUUUAAUCGAGGUCUCUAAAGAUAUAUCAAUAUCUUGAUUUGACAUAACAAAUACUUUAAUCCUUUUCAAUCUGUUCUCUUUGCCAAAUAUGAAAUAGACUUAUCCUGAAAAGAAAUCAGUUUCUAUAUUAUUUAAUGUUGAGAAGUAAAAAAUUUAGAAAAAAAUAUAUGUAAAAAGAAUAUAUGUAAAAAGAAUAUAUGUACAAAAAUGAACGAGCUGGAAAUAUGAACUAAACGUCAUUUAUAUUCGUUUUUGCAAAUAACACUUUUUUAGACUGAUAUCAUGUGGUGGUGAGAUAUAGGAAAAAGGAGCUCCACUUGAGAGCGUACAUGUUAUUUUGUACAUAUAUUAUAUAUGCGUACGUGUGUACAGGUAGCGUCAGUAUUGGUGGCACAGGCAUGUCGUAUAUUGACUAAUUUUACUUUUUCAGCGUAACAUAUUUAAAUAAAACUACAGAAAUCUUUAUUACGUUUAUUAUUAUCGUAUUAUUAUCGAUAUAAUAAUGUACAUAUCAUUAUUAAUUAGAAUAUCUUUUUCGCAUCGAAAAUGUGUAUGGAUCGAGCGGAUGGACUUUGCGAGUACUUUUUAAAGUAUAAAUCUUUUGAUGGAUCUUUUCUAAUUUUAUACUUGAAGAUCGUAUCUUUGGGGGAUGCAAUUGACUGCACUCCUUUAUUAUACGUACGUGACUUCAAUCUUUUAUGCACUCCUGCACUAUAUUUUUGCGAUUGCGAACAAGAGUAUAAAUAUUUUAACAUCUUUAUCAAAUUUUAUUGUUAUAUGCUUUUACAAGUAUGUUUUUCGUAUUUUAAUAAAUAAAUAUGUUUAUCUAAACAUACUUAGAACGUAUGACAAUAUAAUUGUUAUUGGUUUAUCAUUGGUCUUCUUGUUGUUUUAUAACAAAUUAAAUAUUUGCUAAAAAUACGUUAAAAAAAUUAUAAUAACAAAACUAUCGUUUUACUAUUAUAAUUUUACGCGUACAUGAAUUUAAACAGUAUAUUUUUUCAAUGUCCCAAAGAGUAUCUGUUGCUGUGAGCCUUUUAUAAAUUUUUAUCUUAUCUUUCCUCCAAUUCUUGAUGAUGUUUUUUUUCCUGUAUAUUCAACAUCGAAAUUAACAAACUGUUGCAUAAAUCAUAUUUUUCUUAAACCACCAAUGAACAUGAUAAAAGUUAGGUGUCAUGUGAUAGGUGCGACCACCAUUAUUGAGGCGUGCGAUAUGUACACACAUGAAAUAAACCAAUAACUUUGUUAUUAGACAAUGUUGCCUCUAGUAUGUUUCGGCAUCUGGUGUAUUUAUAAACUUAAGCUCUUUAGAAAAAUAUUCUGUGUAUAAUAUCUGUUAAUACAGGAUAAAGUAGGGUGAUAUGAAAAUAGGGAAAAUUUGAUAGUUGACAAUUUUAUCAAUCGUUUAGCUACUGAAGUUUGCAUAUGAAAGAAAUCUUAUACAAUUGUUACAAGAUUGGCAUAUAUUUUCAAUUAUUAUUUGCUGCACAUUUCAAUUAUUUAUAAGACUUUCUUCAUACAUUU